GUCCAGAAACAGCUUUAUAUCAAUAUCUACUGUACUGCACAACUAGCCAAUCUUACUGAAGACUGUUUUAAGGAAGGAGUGAACUUUGAGGCUUUCUUGAAGAGAAAGUGGGAAAGAACAGCAGAUAGAAGGAGGAAGAAAGAAGAGGGCAUAACCAGAGGGGUGAGAGAGCAGGGGCGAGGAAAUUGCGAAGGUGGCGAAGCAAAAGACAGCCAUGAGCGACAUGUUGGUGUGUUUUACCUGUUGUAUACCAGAACAGCCCCCUCCAAGGAGGCGAAAGAUUGAUAGGAGUAUGAUAGGUCUUCCAACAAAUUUCACUCACACUGGCCACAUAGGCUCAGGAGACAUGGCACCAACCCCAGAGAACAACCAUUUAAACUCAAUCCAAGUACAAAUGUCGUCAAAAGGCGGUUAUGAACACCUAUCGCCUGUAGCUGUUGACAGAAAACUAAUAGAUGUUAAAAGAACAGCAGCAGACACAACCGAAGAGUGAAUCAAUCUGCGCAUCUUAGGACACCUUUAUAUAAUCCUGUACAGUCCGUAUCGUGAAUGGUCCGACCUGUAGACAGAGACUGAGACUGAGCACUAUUUUUUAAAAUUCGGGGAAGAGAGAAGAAAUUAUAUAUUACAGCAAUCAAGAUUACAGCAAUCUAGAUUUUUCUUUAACUUUAUUUUCAUAUUAUUGGUGAUACUAAGAAAUCAUGAUGAGCAUCAGAAAUCGAAGUGUGUGUGUAAAUAACUAAGAAUGAAAUGACUUUUAUGUAUCAUUGCGGAAUUCUUGGAAGCUUACGCGAUACCAUAUUAAUGUGAGAGCAUAGGAUUGUAGUUCAACACUGUGUGUGGCACUGUGUGUGGCAUCAUUCAGGAAAUCCAAAAUGGACUCUACCUAACUGUACCCCUCCAAGCAGCAAGUGAAACUUUUCCAGUGAUUAGCUUUAUUGGAAAAGCUUUCCCAUACAGUUUGUGGUGCAAGUGUGUGCUGUAAGCCCCUAUACUAUUAGACUUGCUAGCCUUUGCCUGCCCUGAAUACACAACAUGAUCAGGAUUGUAAACUCUGUGAGCAUCAGUGGCUUUCUAGUUGGAUCAAGCUAACCGAGAGGAAAAGAAGCAUUGAAACAGGAGCCUCACUUGAAUCAAGAAUACCAGCAGAAUUAACUGAACAUAUGUAAUACCAUCAUUCUUGUUUCUUUACAAAGAAAAUAAAAGAAGAGAUUAUUAACAUAAUAUAUAUAGCCAUUACAAGAAUAUGAUAUUGCCUCACCUAAUUCAGAGUCUACCAGACAACGAGUAAAUGCUAAGGGAAAAUAUCAAAUUCUUGAUUCAUUGCUAGAAAUGAUAUGUAUCUAUAUAGCAAGACUGAUAUUAUCAUUUGAAGGAAGAAGCGUGUAAAUGUGAAAGUAAUUAACUAUUGAUAUCUGAAUAGUUUGACGUUUAUUCUCUGUCAUCGUUCUAAAAAGACAAUGGUCCAUUUUCUGCUAAUUCAGUUACACUCAACUCUGGGUUUAAUAUCACGUUCAUCAAAAGGAAAACUUGGACCUUUAGAAUAACUUCUUUUGUUGCAUCCGUGUUUAGACAGAAACAGAAACACAGCGUCAGAUUUGAAUUAGUAGAAUACUGGCAAAUAUGCCUUUGAUUUUCUUCCAUUAUGACAUUUUGAAAUGACGAAUACCACAGCUACAUGUACACAUACUAGAAGCUAGAAUAGUGUUGGAUUAUGUUAUCUGCUGUGCAUGUAGCUCCUGUGAUUGCAAUUAAUGCUUGAUCUGUAUGGUUUCCUUGAAGAUCUUCCUUCUCUUUGUACAUGUACAUGUAUGUGAUGCUUACCAAACACUACAAAUGAGUACAUUUCACCUUUAACAUUUCUUCCUUCUUGUUCUAAUGUCAAAGGUCACUCAUGUCUAUUGUUAUUGAAUGUCUUUCAUUCCCUAUUAGUUAUGUCAAGUUUUCUUGGUAUGAGCUUCUCAUGCACACAAAUCUGUCUCUUUUACAUGAACUUUUGACUCGUACAAAAUCAUUCAAGGUCUCAUUGAAAAUUUAUACAUGUAUUAAUCUCCCUUUGAUUAUUUUGAAAUUUUGAAAAUGUUUGUAUAGCGGUAUAUAAAUUGAUGCAGACGUAAUGUUUUACAAAAUAUCAGAUACUUCCACUUUCAUACAAAUCUAUUUUCAUUGUAAAGUGACAUUUUAUUAUGAAAAAUAAAUAAAUAUUAAAUCAGUUGUAGUUGAUCAAUAGUGCUUCCAGUGAUUUCUAUUUCAAAUAACUUUUUUUUUCAAUAUGAAAUAUGGAAAACCUUUGAAAUAUAUAUCUUUUCAAUCAGGAAAUUAAAUUUUAUUGUACACAUGAUAAUCAAAUCUUGAACCAAUUAGGCAUGUUUGUGAAAUUGAAUUUAUUUGAAUGAGCUAAUUUAUUGGUUUCACCUUUAUCGCGCUUGAAUAAUACAUUGCCACAUGGUCGAUUUUGAUUAGCCAAUCUUUGCGGAAAGUGAAAGUAAUGCCAACUCAUGGCUAUGAGAUCAUAUUGCUCUAUAUUCUUGUAAUUGUUUCUGUCGCAAUUAUUUUGCAAUCUUGAUGCUUCCUUUGAUCAAUUUAGUAGAGACUGGUUAACACGGGUUGUUUUUAAUUUGAACUCUUGUCAUAUGCGAGAGAGGAGGACUUUAUGUGUACAUACUUUGUUCUUUCAAAUCAUUUAUGUUUUUUAUGCUGUUUUCUAGAAAAUCAAACGCUGAGGUAUUGAGUUAAUUGAAAUAAUAUGGCUCUCCAUUUUUGUGUUAUUCACAAAUAAUUCAGCCUGUGGAAUAUUAUGAGAUGCCUUUUGUGAGAAGUGUAUUGACAUACAAAUCCAAUACAGUAAGAUAAAGAAAUUAAUUUCUUCAAAAGAACAUAUCUAUAGUUUUGAUAUCUCAAAUCAACUUGAUGAUUAAUUGCUUUUUCUUUGUGUUCAUACUCCUUGGUUCUCAGCGGUGAAAGGUUAUUUUUAGAAUUGCCAGUCACUUAAAAAUGGUACAGAAGUCAUUACAGCAAUGAAUUUUUGAUAUCCUGUUUAGACUACUGGAAUAUAAACGAAACCCCUUAAAGAACGACGUAUAGCAAAAGGGGAGUGGUUGGAUAACAUUGUAUAGAGAAACUAGUUUUGCAAAGGUCAGUUGACAUGACAGCUAGCCAAUCAUCAGUGCACAGUGCUCACUCAUAAUAUGCCCUACCUUGUUACAAAAUGUUCGUUUAGUUAUACGACGUUCAGACUGCAAGAGAACAACAUCCAUGUAUUGCAUAGCUGUACAAUUAUCUUAUUUAUAGCCAUAUGAAGAAAUGUACUGGUAGGUAAUCUAAAUGGGGAUUAAUCUCUGUAUACAUGUACAUGUAUGUCAUUGUUUAUAAAUAAUUGCUGAUCAACCCCUUCCUGUCCAUUUUUUUCAAAGGAAACUGGUCAUAGCGGCCAAUACUGUGCAAGGAAGUCUGUUCAUUCUUGCACAUAACAAUUUGUUAACUAAAGAACUUGUCACGUUCAAGUCAAGAUGUUGGUGGGACUAGUAAUGGGAGUCAUGGGACUAUUUUUGUUAUGGCAAUCAUUCUUGCUUUAUAUCAUCCUAUGUCAAAAAUAGAUUUUUCUCAUCAUUAUUAAAACUUAUAAUAUAUUUCAAUGACUUAUUACAGCCUCCCAGGAAUAUGGCACAAGACAUGUAAUCCAUCUUUGUCAAUGUUUCUAUAAAGAAACUGAACAAAACAUAUUUUUAUGAUUCUGACUGAAAUAAUGGUUUGAUGCUCAAGUUUGAUUGACACCAAUUCAUUGGUUAUGACGACUGAUAUGUUGUGCCACAUUACAGAACUUUAGGAGCCAUAUCAAUUAAAGGAUAUUUGGGGAGCAGUCGAUCAAAUCUUUGAAGUAAGCUUAAUCAUUGAAACCGAUGGGUGUCCACUGCACUCCAUCACAACCUGCAAUCAUACUUUGUUCUCCCAGUAAGCACUAACAAAGCUAGAAUGAAAACCAGUCUAUUUCAUUUGGAGAUGUGUUCUGCUGAGACUAUGUCUUGUUGGUCUGGCUUCAUGGAAUCUUCUACAUGUGAAGAGCAUAAAAUUAAAAAAAUAUGUCAUUAAAACUUCUCGGGCCGACUAAUUUUUCUGUCUAUGAUUUAGCACCUUCAUGAUUCCUUACCUCCCUGUAAGAUACUGGUUGCCAUAUUGAUGUGCCAGGGAUUGUUGUCGUUGGGUCUUAUCAGGAAGAAAAGAAGACUUUUUUUUAAUUCUAACAUCUCAUGACAAUGAUUGUCUAUUCAUUGCUCAUUUCUACUUUUGUAUAUUUAUCUUUUCAUAUUGUUUUGCUUGGCAUUUGUAAAUAUAUAAUAUAUCAUUGAUGAUCUUGGAAUCGAAUGAAGAGAAAUUUUAAAAUUUAUCUUUAGCACCAGUUGUAAUCGUAUAUAUAUCUGUAAAUGAUGUUUAAGUGUACUUACUGCAACCAAGAAACAAAAAGAGAUAGGCAAAAUAUUAUAUAUUAUAAUUUAGUGUGGAGAUAUGUGUAUAAAGAGUCAGCUUUGAUUGAUGUAUGAAUAAUUUGCAAGAAAAUAAUGCAUGGGAACAAGAAGGUCAUAUUGUGUAUAGUUUGGCUUUUUGAGAAAUGUUUGAAAUUGCAAUAUGCCAUUGACAUGUACAGUUUGUACAUUGUGCCAGAUAUCCAAACUACAUUUACAUGUGACCUUCUGCAGUCCAUAUACAGCACCAGUUGUAUGUGUAUAUUCAAUUACUUGUAUGAUAUUUUUGGUGUAGGGUUAUGUUGUAUUUUCUUUCACAUCUUUUGAAGUAGAUGGUACAUUCUGAAUGGAGAAUAGCAACCAAGUGACCAAUUGAUAUUUCCAAUAGAAUCAAUAAAAUCUAGUUAAUAAUGUUUUCAUAAAAUCAUUCUCAUGAAAAUAGUGACUGAAGAAUAAUGUAAUUAAAUUAAUUUGAUGGUUGUGUCUAUAACAUUGACAAAUCAUGAGGACCACAUUAAAAAUGGAAUAUUUGUUAUUAAUCCAUGAAUGUCUCCUUGCCAAGAUCAUAACAAGUAAACAAUGCAUCUAUUCCAAAUUUUACUUUAAUUAAUAAAAGAAGAAAAGAGCAAAACCUUCUGGAUUCUAAAUGUGUUUUACUUUGUCUGAUUCUUCCUGCAAAUUGAAUUUCUUUCCAAAGCUUUCAAAAUUGAUCUUUGUUAAGUCCUCAUUUUUGAAAAGUCUUUAUGAUUGAUGACAUAAAUCCCUUGCAUUAUUUGUUAUGUUUUUAAUUUCCAUUUAAUUCCAUUUUCCGAGGCUUGUCAUCAUGUUAAGAUUGCUUUUCUGCAUUAGUGUCAUACAAUUAUUAUGUAAGUAGAUUAUUUUGUCCAUGUAGGUGUAGGUUUUUGUUGUACUGUCAAAAGGUUCAUUUGUUUCUGUACUAAGCUGCUUUUCUUGGUUUUUUGUUUGAAUGCAAUAAUAUUUUGAAUCAAGUCAAUGAA